AUGUCGUGCUUAUAUUGCAUUGCUUUGCAUGCGGGGAAAAGGGCAAAGAUGUCUCGCGGAAGUGAAGAGCAAGAUGAACUGCUUUAUCAAGACUCAGAUGUAGCAGAACGGCGGGAUAACCGGUGCAAAGUCAAGUGGACACGUGAAGAGGAUGAAUUAUUGAAUUCCCUGGUGACAAAGUAUGGACAUGACUGGAAGUUCCUGGCAAGUCACUUUCCUAACCGCACCGAACAGCAGUGUCAAUACCGCUGGCUAAGGGUGUUAAACCCAGUCUUGGUUAAAGGGCCUUGGACUAAACAAGAAGACCAGAAGGUGAUAGAGUUGGUGAAAAAAUAUGGCACAAAGCAGUGGACGCUCAUAGCCAAGCACUUGAAAGGCAGGCUGGGGAAACAGUGUCGAGAACGCUGGCACAACCACCUGAACCCUGAAGUGAAGAAGUCAUCCUGGACAGAGGAAGAAGACCACAUCAUUUGCGAGGCUCACAAGGUUCUGGGGAACCGAUGGGCUGAGAUUGCGAAGCUACUCCCAGGGAGGACGGACAAUGCUGUGAAGAACCACUGGAAUUCCACUAUCAAAAGGAAGGUGGACACAGGUCGUUUUCUUAAUGAAACUAAAGAAUCCAGUUCCCUCUAUCUGCUGGUGGAGGCAGAAGGCAAGGAAAGCCAAAGUGUACAGGAAACUGCAAGCCAGCCCACCUUUUUAGCCAACUGGCCCGCAAAUGACUUGGAAAUCAAAGAGGAGGAAGCCAGUACUGAAGAGCCAGUCGGCUUCCACCAGCUGCCUUGCGAGCAACCACCUGUGGGCCUGGAGCCGGACGGUGCCGAGGAAGCCUCGGAAAACACAGCGCCGCAUGAUGCCUUGGGGGAAGAGUCUCCAUACACGUGGGUGGUAGAAGCUGGCAGCUACCUGUGUACUGCUGCCGUUCCAUCCAUUACAGAAGCUCUGAAUAUGAUCGAAUCUGACCCCGACGGCUGGUGUGAUCUUACUCAGUUUGACCUGCCGGAGGAUCCCUCCGCAAGCAGUAGCCCCGAUAACCACACCUCCAUCAAGCCCUACUCUUCCUCGCCAAACGUGACCGAGUACCGUUUGGAUGGCCACACCAUUUCGGACCUGAGCAAAGGCAGCAAGGGUGAGCUCAUUCCCAUCUCCCCGCGCACCGACAUGAUCUUCGGCACGCCACCCUCCGUGCUCAAGCGGCAGAAGAAGAGAAGAAUCAGCCUCUCGCCGGUCACAGAGGGAAGCACCGCCACCAGCCUCUCCUUCCUGGAUUCCUGUAGCAGCAUGACCCCCAAGAGCACCCCCGUCAAGAGCACCCCUGUCAAGACACUGCCAUUCUCCCCCUCUCAGUUUCUAAAUUUCUGGACCAAACAGGAUACGCUGGACCUUGAGAGCCCUUCAUUAACCUCCAUACCUGUGUGCAGCCAGAAAGUAAUAGUGACCACUCCAUUACACCGAGACAAGACACCAUUGCUCCAGAAAAAUUCUGCGUUUGUGACACCUGAUCAGAAAUAUGCAGCAGACAACACGCCUCGUACACCGACGCCUUUCAAGAAUGCUCUGGAGAAGUAUGGUCCCCUGAGGCCUUUGCCGCCAACACCUAGCCUAGAAGAAGAUUUGAAGGAGGUACUACGGAGUGAAGCUGGUAUUGAGCUGAUCAUAGAAGAUGAUGUGAAGGCAGAGAGGCAGAAGAGGAAGCAAGGCUUGCACAGGAGUCCAAUGAAAAAGGUCCGGAAAUCCCUUGCCUUAGACAUUAUGGCUGAAGACUUGAAGUUGACCGUUUCCACCAUGGCCAAGCCUGUGUGCUUCAAAAGAGCUCAGCCUGUGAACUUCCUUUCCCAGUCCCUAAACCUGUCCUUGUCGAGCAGCAAGAAUGACAGCAGCCUGCUCAACCGAGGGUUCAUUCAAAUAAAGACCGAGAAAGCCCCGUCUUCCAAGAGAGUCCAAAGCAAGUACAGGCCACCAGCUCCGAUGUCCAGUGCCUGGAAAACGGUGGCAUGCGGUGGCUCUAGAGAUCAGCAGAUCAUGCAAGACAAAGCUCGACAGAUCUUGGGCGUGUUGAAACAGAACCACACAUCACGGACACUGAUCUUAUCUUGAAGGACUCUGUAACCAUUUGUAGUUUAUUAUUUUUAUAUCAAAUGGGGCAAG